AACUGACGUAUAAAAGCUGGCGAAGGAGACUCUGCCACCGUGUCCAGGAUUGAUCGAGGUUCAAUUUAGCUUGUGUUGGUUAAGCAGGUGUAGUUUGCUAGCAACGUGGGCUAGCAGUUAGACACUGCCAGCACAUCAGUAACCAUGGCUUUUGGGUUUUGCCUUUGUUUAGCCCUACUCCUGUCUGUGUGGUCGACUAUAAUUUGUGAUCAGAUUCCUAACGGAUUUCAUCAUAUGGAGUGUCGUGAUCGUUACUUCAUGAUAGCUGUUGAUCUCUCCUUUGCUGGGAAUGAACCUCGCUUUGAGGCUGUCGAUGGAACAGGCGUGUACCCAAUUACAAAACAGUAUGCAGCUGUGUGUGGAUACACAGUCAGUGUUCUCCCUCUACAGGGCCAAGUGGAGCUCCGAGCCUCUUACUUCAGCUGUCACACUGACAACAAAGACGAUGAAGUGUUCUCAUUUAACUUCAACCUGCUGACAAACCAUGAUGGAAUGGAGGUCACUUAUGGUUUGAACAAGACCUGUUCUCCCUCUCUCCCCUGGUCUCCAAGAGAGGUUACAUGUGAGAUGAACUACAUGGAAGUGUCUGUGAGGAGUGAUGUGGCGUGUCCAACUGGGACUAGGAGAGACGACUGGAAUGCUGCUGCCCAAACUGCAUAUACUUCAGCCACCUCAGACUGGCAAGUGAUGUUUCAGACUGCAGAGGAGCAGUUGAUGCCCAUGGACCUCUCUGACGCUCACAAGCAGGGCUAUGUGUUUGACCUGACAGAUGGAAGACUUGUAUUUCGUACACCCUAUGGUCAACCUGACUCAUUUAGCGCUGAGGUGAAUGGUGUUCCAGUAGAGGUGGUCCAUGCAACGCUGUUCUCCAGACAAAGCUGGGUUGUCCUGAUGGUCGACCUCGUGGCUGCUUGCUCCAUGUAUGAAAGAUCAUAUGAUGACCAUGGAUACAUGAUGUGGGAGACUCCUGAGGUGCUUCACCCGCUGGUGUCUGGUCUGCACGACACGCAUGUCAACAUUGGUGUCAAUGGUGAACUUGUGGAGGAGCCAGUUGCAGAGGAGAGAGGCUACAUUGUGGCGAAGCACAACUCCACACUCAGAAUCAGCAUCCCCUAUAAUGCUGAAGGAGCAUAUAGGAAGAGCGUCGUGAAUGGUGACCUCUACGAGUACUACAUCUUUCAUCUCUAUUUGGAGCAAAUCUCAAUGGAUGGGGAUCAUGUUGACACCAGACUUCGCUUACACAGGACACUAGCAACUCCUCUGCUGCAACGCCCUGUCUUUACAGAGAACAGAACCGUUCCUGAGGAACGGACGUUCACAGUCUACCUGGGAAAUGUCCCUGAGGAUGUCAAGCUUUCAGGUGGUGAAUUGAAUGAACACAAAUGUGCAGUUCCAUUUACAAAUGCGAGUGGCCACACCUUCGCAAAAGUUGCUUAUCCCAACAACACCCAUGGCUACAUUCUGAAGGUGCCUUUCGAUGACCCUGUUGUCAUACAGCAGUUCUCCAAAGAAGAUGAAUCCAUGAAGCACAUGCUGGACAUCAACUACACACUCACAGUUCUGCCUGAAAAUGAGUCUUAUUACCAUCUGGCAUCCGUCAUGGCACUCACAGAUGUCUCGCCUCCAGAGUUUGAUGCAGUCUGUUCAGAGUCUGGCAUCCGCUUCAAACUGGACCACCGGCCUUAUGAUUACAUGUGGUACAUUAGCAUCGGUUCGGACCUGCUGACGCCAGAGCUGGCAGCCCAGCACGGCUACAUCAUGAGCAACAAUAGCAGGAGUCUGUUGCUUGAGGUGCCCCUCUUCACAUUUGGAUAUGAAUACAAGGACAUUUCUCUGAAAGGAUUCAUUGGUACAUUUGAGAUCCUUAUUCGAGAUCAUGAAAAAUCAGAGGUCCAGAGAUCAACUAUCAAGACUUGUCAAUUCGCUUCUACAGAGUUAAUUAUGUGUUCAACUGAUGGCAGGAUGACUGUGGUGGCUGACUUGUCUCUGGCAAACCCAAGUGGACGUAUCCCCGCUAGAACCAACCUCAACGACAAAUACUGUGGACCCAAAGAAGCAGACGACACCAGAGCUCUCUUCUCGUUCCCACUCAACAGCUGUGGAUCCAUAAUAAAGCUCGGCAAGGAAUAUGUAACUUAUGAAAACGAGAUUCUCUUCAGCAAAAACCAUGCUCUUAAAAACCCAUUGGCUUCCAGCAGUGAGAUUGAUGGGGUUAAAAUGCAGUGUACGUAUCCCCUGGAAGGGCUCCAUCGUCUCUUCUCAGCGUACAGGUUUGAGUCUGAUGCAGUUGGGGUCGGCCGCAUUGUACACCCUGCACAUUCAACCAAAGAACUACAGAGACCCAUGGAAUUCAUUGCAGUGCUUCAAACUCCAAUGCCUGCUACCAGACGUACAAGACCAGUUUUGGUAAAGCCUGGUUACCGCGGCAAUGUUCAGCAUAUCAAAGUACCCAGAUAUUUAAUGAAUCCCUCAAAAGGAGUUGCAGGAUCAUCAUAAAUCAUGGACUUGAAUUUUAAAUGUAUUUCUCAAUAAACUAGUCUUUAAAAAAAACAAACUCCAAACUGCUUUGUCUUUGAUGAGCAACACUACUUGCCUUGAAGCUGAUAUUGACCC